AUGCUACCCUCAAUCAGGUGCUCCGAGGGUGCCGAAAACCCCAACGGCGUCUGCCUCAAGGUCGGUAUCGUGCGGCCGAAGAAGCCCAACUCUGGCGAGCGAAAGACGGCGCGUGUGCGUCUGUCGUCUGGCAAGCAAAUCACCGCCUACAUUCCCGGCGAGGGUCACAAUAUCCAGCAGCACAGCGUGGUGCUGGUUCGCGGAGGCCGUGCCCAAGAUUGUCCCGGUGUGCGAUACCACUUGGUGCGAGGAGCGAUGGACUUGGGCGGCGUGACAAACCGAGUCAGCAGUAGAAGCAAGUACGGGACGAAGAAGCCUAAGAAGGCAUCUGUUGGCUAA